CCGUACGGAUAGCCAGCAGUGAAGUCAGUGUGGUCAGCGCCAUCUUGGCUGCACCCUUAGAAGUACGGAAUCUGAAAGAGGUCAACAGCCGCUGGCGCUUUUCCUGAGCGCGUUGUUCAAGUUGGAGGUUCCUAACCAUGAGUUUGCGGGCGCGGACGGAGCCCCUGCAUGGGGACCCUCCGCUGUCGAUCCCAGGGGAUCCCUACUCGGUAGUGGUGCUGCUGCGGGGCUACUCGGAGCCGGAGGGGGUCGGGGGUGCGCAGAAGGCGGAUGGUUCAGUGACUCUGGUGUUGCCCACAGCGUGGAAGCCGCGUAGCACGCGUUGGGAGGCCCCCGUGGAACUGGACACGCAGGCUGCACUGAAGCAAGCGGGCUCGGGCCCAGUGCUGGUGGACACCGGGGGACCCUGGGCUCGAGAUGCCCUGCUGGCUGCACUGGCCACACACGGUGUAACCCAAGACGCUGUGACCCUUGUGGUGGGCACUCACGGCCACUCGGACCACGUGGGCAGCCUGGGGCUGUUCCCGCGUUCCUCUCUCCUAGUCUCCCACGAUUUUUGCCUCCCAGGGGGCCUCUACCUGCCCCAUGGACUGAGUGAGACGAACCCAUUGCAUCUCGGCCCUGGACUUGAAGUCUGGGCUACUCCGGGCCACGCAGGCCUGGGUGACGUUAGCGUGGUAGUAGCUGGAACCGCCUUGGGUACUGUGGUGGUGGCUGGAGAUGUGUUCGAGCGGGAGGGCGACGGCGAUAGCUGGAGGCAGCUCAGCGAGGAUCCCACUGCCCAAGAGCGCAGCCGGCAAAGGGUGCUGGCAGUCGCCGACGUCGUGGUGCCUGGCCAUGGGGGACCCUUUAGGGUCUUUAGAGACCCUGGAGUCCACGCAGCGGAGUGAUUUAGCACCAAGGGGUUUACAAGCAGAGACUCGGGGAUCAGCCUUAGAAAGAAACCUGCCUGGCCCAAGAAGCUUUCCCAGACUCAGAGCCAGAGGAUGGCUGAAAAAGCUGCUGGGAAGGGAAGGGGGGGAGGGGGGGGCGGGGCAGGGAAUGGACACCUAUCAUGCUGAAGCCACCCCCUGGACUACCAUCAGCUCUGCUGACCCCUUACCCUAAAAUGAGUCAAGGAUGCAGCCCUGGGUACAGCAAGUGGGCAUGUCAUCUUCAACAUCUGGAUGCUGUUUGUUUAAUAAAUGUAUAUUCGGGUCUUUUCUUUUUACAUAGAUCAAAUACCUCCCUGUGUUUCUCCCCAGCAUCUUCCAGAGAAACCAUGGAACAAAUUAUAAAAGAAAAAACAAAAUUGACAAUUAAAAAAUCUGACAACGUGUACAAUAGCCCAUAUGCAUGGAGCAUCCUCCCUAACCUCUCCAAAGGACUUAGGAGUGGCGUAUCUUCUGAUAUCUCUUUUUUGAGACUAAGUGUUUGCCUUGUAAUUUUGCCUUAAUCCGUUUCUUAUUGUUUUAUAAUCACUUUUCUUUCUAUUUACAUUGCGUAUAUUCUUGGUUUUCUACAUCAUUACAUCUAUGCAGAUACAUUUUUCCAUGCUUGUCUGUAUUCUUGAAGCAAUAUUCUAUUACAUUGACUUACCACAGUUUGUUUAUCCAUUCCCCCAUUGAUGUAUAUCUACUUUAUUUCCUGUUCUUUGCUUCCAUAUUUUGGUGCAUAUGGAAUUUUUUUUUCUGCUUAAUCAAUGACCACCUUAAAGCCUAAGCUCUCUGCCUAGAAGGGGAAUCCCUGAUUCAAACAAUAUGAAUGUUUUAGCCUCCAAGGUCUAAAUUUCAAUUGCCAUUCAAAAGAACAAAGAGGUAGGCUAUGCAUCUCAGAUCUAAGUUCCUUGUAUCUUUCUGUAAAGAUCUGAGGAAAUAGCAGCUCCUGGAUCCUAAAUAUAUUACUGUUAUUAUUAUAUUAUAUCAUGUUUAUUUAACAUUAAAUCCAAUCUGAAUAGUACCCCUAGCACCCUGCUUCAGAAGGAAAGAAAAUACAUGAGAACAAGGAGGAACCAACUGUGAAAAUACUGAUGGGCUCAAGGGGACAUAACAGUGUUUGUCUAAACUCUUCCAGCCUCAGCUCAUCAAUAAUGUUUGUUAUGCCUUGGCCCUGAUGCUUAAGUCUGAUAAAUAAAUGUAUUGUUACCCAA